AAGCAAAACUGAAUAAAAUUGGAAACAAAAUUUUUUGUAAGGCCGCAAAUUAUAUCGCAUACAAUGCCUAUUUUCUACAAUUAUUACUCUCCUUACCGUCCGAAAUUUGUUGCCUAAAUAUAUGGAGAGCAUUGAAUUAGUUUCCUAAAUAACGGAAGAAAUUAUUAGCAAAUCCCACGUAAUCAGCUCCAGCAAGUUUUAAUUUUAGAAACUGCGCGCGCGCAGGGGCCAGCUCAUCUAGCGGCUAUACACACUUCUAUUAUAUAUGGGGAUGAAGGGAACCUGCUGCUCAACGAAACGUAGAUCUGGAAGACUUGUAUUUGUAACCAGAGAGCUAGCGUCUGUCUCUUCUCCUGUUUAGCUAGAUAGCUAAGAUGGGGAGUCCCAAUCGCCACAGCUCCAUUUCCCUUGCAGUCAUCUUGGUCUUUGCCGUCCUGCUGCUCAACGCUGAUCUAGGGUCGUGCGGCUGCUUCAAGCGCAUCUUCUCCUUCGGCGACUCCAUCACCGACACCGGCAACUUCGCAUAUAUCAGCCGCAACAGUCCACCAGGUCCGCCCUCGGUGCCCCCUUAUGGAGAGACCUACUUCCACCGCCCCACGGGUCGUGCCUCCGAUGGGCGUCUCAUCAUCGACUUCUACGCACAAGCGUUGGGCCUGCCGUUGCUGCCGCCGAGCAUUCCCAAGGAGAAGACGGGGAAGUUCCCGACCGGUGCCAACUUUGCCGUGUUUGGCUCUAUUGCGCUCAACCCCAAGUACUUCAAGUCAAGGUAUAACUUCAAUCUGUCGCGCGGUUGCCUCGACGAUCAGCUCGCUUCUUUCAAGAGAGUGCUCGCACGGAUUUCUCCGGGAGAUGCUGCCACCAAGAGUCUUCUGAGCCAAUCCCUGGUUGUCUUUGGCGAGAUCGGCGGCAACGACUACAACUUCUGGUUCUUUGAUCGUAGGCGCAGCCGGGACACGGCCCAGGAGUACAUACCGGACGUGGUUGCCCGCAUAGGCGCCGGCAUCCAAGAGGUGAUCAAGCUCGGUGCCAAGACUGUCCUUGUCCCAGGGAACUUCCCCAUUGGGUGUGUGCCGGUUUACCUCAGAGAUUACAAGAGCAACACGUCCACGGACUAUGACCAGUUCGGCUGCCUCAAGUGGUUCAACACAUUCUCCCAGAUGCACAACCGGCUACUGAAACAAGAGAUCAGCACGCUCAAGUCGCAGAACCCCAGCGUGAAGAUCAUCUACGGCGACUACUAUGAGGUUGUUACUUUGUAUCAUAUGCGUAUCGAAAAGUGCAACAGUGGGAAAAAUAAAAAUAAAUUAAGACAUGCAUUAUUGGCUAGUCUUGUUUUAGGGAUUAGACUACUGAUCCCUGCCUCCCAUCAGACUAGUGGAACAUCGUAG